AGGCUCUACCCCCAUCUAUUUGAGAUUAACAUUGUAUAUUCUCAUAUUGCUGCGUCAGAAAAAGGUGUGUUGUUUGGAAAUCAACCAAUAAACACCAUGUCCAGCAACAAUUAGGCCUGUUGUAUUUUUCUAGAUGCCCAAACUCCACCGACAUUUGGAAACCGCUCUGUUGCAGUAAUGUAAAACUGUAGCAAUGACUAAUUCGUUUCUAAAAACGUUUUUUUUUUCUUUUAACAACAUCUAUAUUUGUCUCUCACAAACAUAAUUUGAGAUGCAGGGGAAAGCAAAGAAUAGAGUCUCGUUUUGGAAUUGGACUGUUAUUGAUACCGGGAAUGCACGGCUUUUUACAGAGCACUUUAUAUCAGCAUCGUGUGAAGCGAGAGCGCGCGGCAUAAAGAGCGCAUUUAUCUCGCUUCAUCUGCUAUGACUACAUUCCACUCCGACGGUACGCAGCACGAGCGCCGCAUCGGGACACGUCUGGUCCUGUUCGUGAGGAUUUAUUUACUGUCAACGGUGGGAGGAGAGGGUCGUGAGAGCUACUCAGGACCGUGAUUCAUCCGUUCAUAGGGCUUUUAUUUGAUUCCGAGCGGUAACACAUUUAAAAUAUUUCACCCAAGACACUCAAAUGGCUAUCGCGUCUACCACAAUUACGCGUCGUUGGAGAAACCUACGUUGUUGCGGCACUGGGAAGCAGAGUGAGAUGUAGGCACGCGGAGAUGGUGAGAGCUCACGGACUCAGCUGCAAAAUUAGAGGCGGGCACAUGUAUAUCAAAAAUUUAGUCGACUUCGUCGUUUGUUUUUUACUGUGUGUACUAGUGUGACUUGCGGUGUGUUUUUUUUUUUUUACCUGAAAUAUUUCUUCUUGGGGGGGAAAGACAUAAUGAGUUUGGACCAGGGUGGGUAUGAUGCGGUUUGCCGCGCGGACAACGGAGCAGGAGGAGUCCUUAGCAGCGGCACCAUCAGCGUUCCUCCGCGGCAACCCAUUCACAGGGACCCUCGCUACUACCAACAACACUCGCGUCAUCAUGGAACCUCCAUGGAGAAACAACCGCCACGCAACGAUACGGCAGACCUGGUCAGACGCGCGCUUGACUUUAAGACUCAAGCCACACAGUGCUACAAGGAUAAAAAAUACCGGGAGGCUAUCGGGAAGUACCACCGCGCUUUGCUGGAGAUGAAAGGUUUAUGUCGAGUUCUCGGGGACCCUGACACCGGCUCUAAGUCACCCUCCUCCGUGCUGUCCACGAUAAGCAAGGCGUCUCUGACAGACGAGCAGAAAGGGGCCGUGGAAAACGCGGAGCUUGAGUGUUACAACAGUUUAGCAGCCUGUCUCUUGCAGAUGGAGUUGGUGAACUAUGAGCGGGUGAAGGAGUACUGUUUGAAGGUGCUGCGGAAGGAGGGGGAGAACUUUAAAGCGCUUUACCGCUCUGGAGUGGCUUACUAUCACCUUGGCGAAUUCAACAAGGCGCUGUUUUACCUGAAGGAAUCGCACAAACAAGAGCCUUCAGACACCAACGUGACUCGCUACAUCCAGCUGACGGAGAUGAAGAUACGACGUAGUGUCCAGAGAGAGAAGAAGGAGGACCUGUAAAAAGAAAAAUAGGAGAAAAACAAAAACAAAAAACA